AUGUUUUCUGCGUUUAUGUUAUCAUUGUUUUUUUGCCGCGCCCAGGCUGAGUCAUUACACGUCAUUGCUCAAAAAGAGCAAAAGCAGCGCAAUCUGACCCUUAGCAAACCUUUACUUCAAAGGAAUGCAGGCAAAAGUGCAGCAGCGUAUUGCGCUUAA